UUAUGAAAACAAUAGUACGUCAUAAGUUUACUACAAAGAACUUUCAUCAUGACUUUCUCUAAUUCAACACCACCAUUAAUAAAGACGCAAGAUUAGACCCAUAAUAGUGCCACUCCUCCCACCGUCCGGCCGUAUUCUAUAUUCGUCCCUACACUUUACUAUGAUCACUCACCUUUAAGCCUUUAAUCAUUCUAUGUUUUAUAUUCUAAUUCUUACAUUUAAAACACGAGCUCUAAUUUUUCACACCACAUUUUUUUUCUUUUUCCUACUAUAUAUAUAAUGUAAAGUUUCAUCCAACAAAUACUCAUCACAAUAAUAAUAUAAGCACUUUCUUAAAUCCGUUGUCUUGUCUUUAACAAUGGCACUCUAUUCUCUUGUUUCACCUUCAUCUUCUUCUUCUUUUUUAUGUUUGAACCGUCGUCGGCAUGAUCAGUAUUCACACCAACAACAGAUCCAUGCUGCAAUUACUCUCCCACCAAAACCAACUAAAUCCGAUCCGACCUCAAAAAGUGUAGUACCCGUCAAAAAAAUACCCGGUAAUUACGGGCUUCCUAUUAUAGGUCCAAUUAAUGAUCGCCAAGAUUAUUUUUACAACCAAGGGAGAGAUGAAUUUUUCAAAUCUAGGAUUAAUAAGUAUAAGUCAACGGUGUUUAGAGUCAACAUGCCACCUGGCCCUUUCAUAGCUUCUGACCCAAACGUCGUCGUUUUACUCGAUGGUAAGAGCUUUCCUACACUCUUCGACACCUCAAAAGUAGAAAAGAAAGAUCUUUUUACCGGAACUUUUGCUCCUUCCGUUGAACUUACCGGCGGUUACCGAGUCUUAUCUUUUCUUGACCCGUCCGAGCCGAGUCAUGAAAAGCUUAAAAAAUUAAUGUUUAAACUCGUUUCCUCAACUCGUCACCGAGUUCUCCCCGAGUUUCAAGCUUCUUUCUCCGAGCUGUUUGACGAGUUGGAGAACGAGUUAGCUAAAAAUGGAAAAGCUAAAUUUAACGAAGCUAAUGAUCAAGCAUCUUUCAACUUUCUUUCACGGGCUUGGUAUGGUGCUAACCCGAGUGAAUCAGAACUUGGGUUAUCCGGACCCGGUAUUAUUUCUAAAUGGGUAUUAUUUCAACUCGGCCCGAUUCUUUCUCUUGGACUUCCUAAAUUCAUUGAAGAGCUUACUAUUCAUAGUUUUCGUUUACCUUUCUCUUUAAUAAAAAAAGAUUAUCAGAAACUCUACGAUUUCUUCUACCAAAACUCAACGGAGCUUCUAGAAGAAGCAACCCUGCUUGGAAUCUCACGUGACGAAGCAUGCCAUAACUUGAUUUACACCACGUGCUUUAAUUCCUUUGGUGGGAUGAAAAUAUUCUUCCCUAACAUGAUCAAACAAAUCGGUCGGGCUGGGGGGAAUCUCCACCGUAGAUUAGCGGAGGAGAUUCGAUCAGCAGUCCGAUCCAACGGUGGGAAAGUAACCAUGUCAGCAAUGGAAGAAAUGCCAUUGAUGAAAUCAGUGGUGUACGAAUCUCUUAGGAUUGAACCCCCGGUACCUUUGCAAUACGGGCGGGCCAAAAAUGAUUUAAUAAUUGAAUCUCACGACGCAGCGUUUCAAGUAAAACAAGGGGAAAUGUUAUUGGGGUAUCAACCAUUUGCUACUAAAGACCCGAAAAUAUUUGAUCGAGCUGAAGAGUUUGUACCCGAGAGGUUUAUUGGGGAAGAGGGUGAGAAGAUGUUAAAGCAUGUUUUAUGGUCUAAUGGGCCCGAAAAUGAAAGCCCGACAGUGCAUAAUAAACAGUGUGCUGGAAAAGAUUUUGUGGUGUUAGUUUCAAGGUUAUUGGUUGUUGAGUUGUUUUUAAGGUAUGAUUCGUUUGAAAUUGAUGUUGGGUAUUCUCCGUUGGGUGCUAAAGUUACCGUUACUUCCCUUAAAAGAGCUACCUUUUAAGAUAUUUAUUGAAGAAUUAAAGAAUUAAAUGUAAUUACUUCUAGCUAUAUGAGUGUUAUUCUGAAUGUGAAUAAUUUUUGUUUUAUGUUUUAGAAAAUAAUUUUGUUAGUUUAACAUAAUUUUAAAGGAGAAUCGUGAUGAUUGUGAUGGUAAAACUGCUAGAUUAGCAAUGAAAAAUCCAAAAUGUGUCUUUUUUUUUUUUUUAUUUAGUUUAGUUCUAUUAUUAUUAUUAUUGUAAUUAUUAUUAUAAUA